CGUGCGCGGGCCCGGGAGGAGGCUCCCGAGCCAGUCAGCCGAGGCGGCGCAGCCAGCUCCCCCGCGCCCUAUGUGAGGGAAUCGGGGAGGCCCGCGGCGCGCCGGGGAGGGCGAGGCAUGUGCACGGGCCGGAGGGUGCUGCGGCCGCCCGAGGAAGAGGAGGACGGCGGCGGCGGCGAGGAGAGCGGGGGGCUCGCGGCGGCGGGCCCGGGCCGAGGGGAUGCAGCGGACUGUGUGUGUCUGGCUGUAGCUGACGGGAGGCGGCGAGGAGGCGCCGGAGAUCCGCGAGAGGGGCGACCAGGAGGUGCGGCGGUGGCGGCCGCGAGAAGUAGCAGCAGGACGGGCGGCGGCGGUGGCGGAGACGGAGACGGCAGCCCUGGGAUGCAUUUUCCUCUCCAGCGGCCAUGUUAACCAGGAAACCUUCGGCCGCUGCUCCCGCCGCCUACCCGACCGGCCGAGGAGGGGACAGCGCCGUUCGCCAGCUUCAGGCUUCCCCGGGGCUCGGUGCGGGGGCCCCCCGGAGCGGAGUGGGGACCGGCCCGCCCUCCCCCAUCGCCCUGCCGCCGCUCCGGGCCAGCAACGCUGCCACCGCAGCCCACACGGUAGUGGAGAAGACCGAGAAUGAAGACAGUAGUGUUCUCAGAAUAGAGCUAAACACUGGAGAAGGAGUAGUAAACAAGACCGACCUGGUCCCUGCCCUCACGAUUGGCGGCAGUAAGCACACAAUGAAUGAUCACCUACACGUCGGCAGCCACAGCCAUGGACAGAUCCAGGUUCAGCAGCUGUUUGAGGAUAACAGUAACAAGCGGACAGUGCUCACAACACAACCAAAUGGGCUUACAACGGUGGGCAAAACGGGGCUGCCAGUGGUUCCGGAGCGGCAGCUGGAGAGCAUCCACAGACGGCAGGGGAGCUCCACCUCUCUGAAGUCUCUGGAAGGUGUGGGGAAGGUGAAAGCCAUCCCCAUGACACCCGAGCAAGCGAUGAAGCAAUACAUGCAAAAACUAAGCAGCUUUGAACACCAUGAGAUUUUCAGCUACCCUGAAAUAUACUUCUUGGGUCCAAACGCAAAGAAGCGCCAGGGCAUGACAGGCGGGCCGAACAACGGUGGCUACGACGAUGACCAGGGAUCCUAUGUGCAGGUGCCUCAUGAUCACGUGGCUUACAGGUACGAGGUCCUCAAGGUCAUUGGGAAGGGGAGCUUUGGGCAGGUGGUCAAGGCCUAUGACCACAAAGUCCACCAGCACGUGGCCCUGAAGAUGGUGAGGAACGAGAAGCGUUUCCACCGGCAGGCGGCCGAGGAGAUCCGCAUCCUGGAGCACCUGCGGAAGCAGGACAAGGACAACACCAUGAACGUCAUCCACAUGCUGGAGAACUUCACCUUCCGCAACCACAUCUGCAUGACGUUCGAGCUGCUCAGCAUGAACCUCUACGAGCUCAUCAAGAAGAACAAGUUCCAGGGCUUCAGCCUGCCUUUGGUUCGCAAGUUCGCCCACUCCAUCCUGCAGUGCCUGGAUGCUUUGCACAAAAACAGGAUAAUUCACUGUGACUUGAAGCCCGAGAACAUUUUAUUAAAGCAGCAGGGUAGAAGCGGGAUUAAAGUGAUUGAUUUUGGCUCCAGUUGUUACGAGCACCAGCGGGUCUACACAUACAUCCAGUCCCGUUUUUACCGGGCCCCGGAAGUGAUCCUCGGCGCCAGGUACGGCAUGCCCAUCGACAUGUGGAGCCUGGGCUGCAUCCUAGCGGAGCUCCUGACUGGUUACCCCCUGUUGCCUGGGGAAGAUGAAGGGGACCAGCUGGCCUGUAUGAUUGAACUGCUGGGCAUGCCCUCCCAGAAACUGCUGGAUGCAUCCAAACGAGCCAAAAAUUUUGUGAGCUCCAAGGGUUAUCCCCGUUACUGCACUGUCACGACUCUCUCAGACGGCUCCGUGGUUCUCAACGGAGGCCGUUCCCGGAGGGGGAAACUGAGGGGCCCACCGGAGAGCAGAGAGUGGGGGAAUGCACUGAAGGGGUGUGACGAUCCCCUUUUCCUUGACUUCUUAAAACAGUGUUUAGAAUGGGAUCCUGCGGUUCGCAUGACCCCUGGCCAGGCUUUGCGGCAUCCCUGGCUGAGGAGGCGGCUGCCAAAGCCUCCAACGGGGGAGAAGACGUCAGUGAAAAGGAUCACCGAGAGCACUGGUGCUAUCACAUCCAUUUCCAAGUUACCUCCACCUUCCAGCUCAGCUUCCAAACUGAGGACUAAUUUGGCACAGAUGACAGAUGCCAAUGGGAAUAUUCAGCAGAGGACAGUGUUGCCAAAACUUGUUAGCUGAGCUCAGUAUCCCCCCGAUGCUGGUAAUUCUGAAAGAUACGACAUUGCUGAGCCUUACUGGGUUGAAAAGGAGUAGCUCAGACCUGUUUUUAUUUGCUCAAUAACUCAACUCAUUUGUAUCUUUUUGGCACUUAUUUUAAUGUAAGAAAGUUGUUUGUUUUGUUUUUAUAAAAUACAUGGGGACAAUGCUUUAAGUUUUUAUACUUUCUGAAACUGUUUUUGUGUUCUAAAAGUACGAUGAGCCUUACUGUAUUUAGUGUGGCAGAGUAAUAAACAUCAGUGGCAGGCCAUUGAUUACGUCGUGACUGCCGCGCAUCUACAGAUUGGUGUCAAAGACAUUCACUAUGUGUUCAUGGUUCAUAGUAUAUUCUCCCCAAGGUGAUUGCCUCCGAAGGUCCCCCCUUCUCUCUCCAUGCUUCAGGUUCAUGCACAGGUGCAGCCUGUCCUGCUUCCGUUUUCCAUAAGUUACCCAGGUGGUAGUGAUGGUGGGAGGAGAAUGGUCAGGAUGAAAAUGAUAUUCUAAGAAAAACUGCACCUUAGAGAUUUUUCCCUAAAAUAGUGCUCAAAGACAAAAUAAAAUCCCCACAGUUGAAAUGCCCAGUUAGCAUUCUGACAUUCUAACGGCCGGCCAAGCAGACCUGGUGGAUGAAUGGAAACGUGUGUUCCUCCAGAUUCUCCAGUGCGAUCAGCGAGCUGUUUUGCAAAGAAGCCUUGUUUAACAAAAUUGGUUUUGCACCUAAAUUUAGAAAUGUAUUACAUGAACUGUUCCUCCCUUCUCUUUGCUCUUCUCCCUGCUGUUCUUCUUUCACCGCACAUCUGUUGCUUGCAUUUAAUUUCUUUUCCUUCCUUCAAAUAUAUAUCCCAGACUCCUAAUACAGAAGAGAGACAUUUUAGCUGUGAUUAUGACCAUCUUUUCAUAUUCCAGUUUAAAAAAGAACAGCCUAGCUACUUAAGGUGGGGAUUUCCAUCGUUCCAAAGACGGUUUAGCAGAUUAGACUGAGUUCACGCUUUUCACGUGCCACAGUAAGGUUCUCUUAGCCUGGGAAAGCAUCAACUCUUUAAAAGGAGAGAGGGUUGAAAAUCCUCUUCGUGAGCACAAGUCAUUGUGCUUGCUCAGCAAGGCCAAUUUUAACAACAAAUUCGAAGGAGGAAAAGUUCAGCCUCAAGUUAAAUGGUUUGAUUUACUCUAUGCAUCAUUAGAAGAACCACAGACAUUACAUUCCUCUGUUUUAUUUUACUUUUGUUUGGAUUGCACUGAUUGUUUUUGUGGGAAUGACACUUUACCUAGAAAAGUAACUGAGAGUUAGGUAAAAGAAUAUUUUCUCCUCUGAAUAAUAAUUAUUUUCACAGUGAAAAUUUCAGUAUUUUAUCACUAAUGUAUGAGCAGUGGUAUAUAUCAAUUUCAAGGCACGUGAAAAAAAUUUUUUAGUAUGUGCAAUUUAAUAUAGAAAGAUUUCUGCCUGUUUGGACAGUAGGUUUUGGGUAGUAUAAAUUAGGAUAAAUACUCUUUUAUAUGCACAGAUAUUAUUGUAUUGAUUGCCUGUAAAUUGAUUUACAAGUACUUAAAGCAUGGUCCCCAGCGAGGCCAAGAAAGUUUCCGGUUAAGUUCUUUUAAUAUUAAUCCUACAGUUUCUCUUUUAAGAAAAAAAGGUAGUUUUGAACAAAACACUUAUCUUGAGGCUUUGUCAGUUGAUGGUGGAGAAAAAUGCUCAGGAACUAUUACAGAUAUUUGCCAAAAAAAUCAGUAAUAAGAUUAGCUUAUUAAUAAGAUAGUGGUGUUGAUAUUUGCUUUACUAUUUAAGGGUGUCACUGAUAAUUUAUACUUCUGUUUUUAGAAAUUAUAGCUUCUUUCCCCUAGUCAAAUUCUUUAGCCUGUUGUACACAUUUCUGUGUAAUCUGUGGAAGUGCAAUAAUGUUAGUAAGUUGCAUUUUAAAUGAUGCUCAUGUGAUGAUACCCCCCAAUCAGUGGCUUAUAGAAUUUAAAGAUUGUGUAUUUAUUAUUAAAAUUCUGGCUUAAAGGCAUAAGAAGUGGCUUUGUAAAACCACAAGCCUCCUAAGAUGGUUAGCGUCUUUAAGUCAUUAAAAUAAACAAAAACAUUAAGGCUAUUUUCCCCUUCCAGUGUUCCUCUUCCAUCGUAUCCACUCUUGAGAUUUUCACUUUUAGUUUUAAAUAUAUGAACCUGAGCCUGCCAUUAAUAUGAAUAUCCCUAUAAAAUGAUUAUCCAUGUGAAAAUUUAUAAAUGGGCUAAUACUGCUUGUCUUCUCCCUCACCACACAAAACUGGUUCUUAAGAUGCCAACAGUGCAUUUGUGACUAUCUUUAUUCACAAAUGUAACCGGAAACUUUGAAGCCAAACUAUAAUGUGCAGCACUAUUGGGGCUCCCCCAACACCGCACCCGCUAAAUACAGGGAAAUUUCCCUUAUUCACAAGAGCCGCCAUGUUCAGUGUUUAGUGAUAGAGCUGCUUUUUAAUUCUAGCUUAAUUAUAAUGUCAAAAAAAACCAACAAAACUGUUGCAUCGUUGGGAUUUUAAAACACAAAUGAAGGGCUCCGAUAGGCUACUAGGAGUUGGCUUGGAAACAGCCCUUGGUCUCACAGGUUACCAUUGUCUAGGGAUGUCUGAGCUGUUUUCAGAUUUAGGAAGAGCACAGUGUGGUCUUGUCUUUGGUUGCGGUCUCAUCUGGCUCCGUUUCUUGCACCCCCAGAGCGUGCAUUACCACUUAAGUGUAUUGCUACAACAGUGGAACAACAGCGAUGCAAGACAGUGUAGAUUAACAGUAGAGGAGAAAUUGUGCCCUUAGUGAUAACAAUGUGCCUUUUGUUCUGAAUGCCAUGUUGUAGGGCAUGCAUUUUUUUGGCCUCUUUAACUCUUUGAAUACUAGAUGGAACCCACCUCUGCAAAGAUACAUCUGUCUUAAACAUCCAGUUACUUACAGGCCUUAAUAGAAACCAUAAGGCGCGAGUCAUCCGUCAGGCACCGAGAAAGGUAACCACUGGUUAGUUACACAGGGAAUUCCUAUGUUUAAGGGGUUAAAGAUGGUCUUUGUUGUAUCUUAACAUCAGACUGAUUUUUUAAACGAUAUUUUUUUUUGUUAUGCUAACACUAGACAAAAAUCAACUGUAUUUGUAAAAAUUUACCUCAAACCAUUUAAUUUUAUAGUGUGAUUAAUCCCAGGGCAUUUGGUAUGAACCAAAGUGCAUUCCUUUUAUAUGUGCCUGGCUCUAGUAAGGAUGGCCAGGGAUUUUUACAAUUUGGGUGCAAGGCACUUAAGCCACUUUUAAACUUAACUAGGUGGUUUGGAGUCGUGUGGAAGGACUCCAUCAGAAUGUUAGGAAACACUUUAGACAUCAGUAGCAUUGGGCCAUAUUGGAAUCUUCAAAGUGUGAAUUUUUUAUUUUCAAGAGAGCAUUCAUUUUUGUAAUUUUUUUCAUCAAGAAUAUUCUGGUAAGCAGAAGACUUAAAAAAAAACUGAUUAGGUUGGUAAAGGUUUUAAUAUUGCCCAACAUAAUGCUGUGGUAGCAUUUAAAAAAAAUAGUAUUUGUGAACUCUCUGUUUCUUAGGGGCUUGUACAUCUCUCUGCUAUGGACAUAGAUAAAAGUAAUUGUAACUAUACUCAGCUCAACUGCUACAGUUAUGUCUAGGCAGUGGCUUGGGUUUCUGUCGAGCAACAACUUAGACACGUGACUGUAAUAUGCUGCAACUGUGUGUACUGAAAAUAUGUGAAAAUGGUUGAAUGUGGACUGUGUAUAUAUGUAUGUAAAAAUUUCUGUGGGAUGCUGCUCUCGCCACUUAACAUGAAAUAUGUUCUAGUGGAUUUUAAUCCUAGUGGCCAGUUCUAUGAUACUGUAUGUAUUGUACAGCUGAUGACAGGAGUAAGACUGUUCAGUGAAUAUUUGUUAAAUUUUAUUGUCGUGGCCAGAGAUAAUUUCAGAAUAAAAUUUUAAUGUCCUACCUUACUUUUCUCCCCU